GUUACAUCGUUUCAAUUCACUAUCGAGACCAUUUUUGGCAGAUUGUAGCCCAUCAACCUCCCGGAGAAACGCGAAAUUUAGACAUUGUUUGUCGAUACGAUGGACGAAUGCGUCGCUCAAACAAUGAUCAUUGACUACCGACUACAAUAAGGAUGGCUUCUCUUCGUCGUUCAUCGAAACCAUCAGAACAAAUUCACAUAGAGCCCUGUUUCGACCGUCAAGAACGUUGGACAACAUACGAGGACGACGGUGAGACAUUGAGAGGUGGCAGGCUUCCCGCUGUCAAUUUGCACUGCUGCCGAUGGAAGUGGUGUCGGUCUCGGUUGUCCGGUGAAAGGGCUUGUCAGCGUGGCUCCAAAUUCUGGAACCAGCAGAGGCUCUGGAACUCGCAGUGGGCCCCUUUUGUUCUGCAUAAUCUGGUUCUUUCCUGCAAUGCCACUGCACGCCUGUUGCUCCUCGGUUGUCGGGAUUGAUUGCGUCGUAAGGAUCGGAGGUGGAUGGCGCUGCCAACCAUCGUGCCAGCGGUGUUCGACCAGCUUCGUCUGGCAUUCCGCGUGCAUUGACAGGCUCUGUAGGACCGGCUAACACGAAACUCCCGGCCGG